CUUACCAACAACAUGCACGACAAUGACCAUUAGAGGAACCACCCACUCAACGUUUGGCAUUCAAAAAUACUCGACGUUGAAUAACACCUUGCUGGAUGAAUGGCACCGUCAAAUGAGUACUUAAUAAAGGUUUUUAUUAGUGCGGUCACUAAUUAGGGUAUCUCUUAAUAACCGAUCCAUCAUUGAAUUAGUUGCAACUAUUGUAUCAUACGUUUCGUGACUUUCAUGAGCGUUCGUCUAUUAUAUUUGUUCUGUGACUUGUGGUUAGAUAUUGAUGUAAUCCAUUUCGGCUAGCAUGGGUAAAAAAAGUGAGGAAAAAUCAGAUCUCAAAGAACGAAAAAAUUUAUAUGAGAAAUUGUGGAUGCCAAGAUCAAAAUUGGAGAAGCGUCUUAUUCUUUUAGCAGUUGUUUUUGUAACAAUAUUCCUCGUCGUUCUUCUAUUGUACAUCAUUUUGAGAAAACCGGAAAUAUGCACCAGUUCAACCUGCCUGGAGAGCUCUAUGAAUUUGCUCAAUCAAAUCGACGCUGGCUUGGAUCCGUGCCGCGACUUCUAUAAAUUCUCCUGCGGAAAUUUCCUGAAAAACACAAACCUGGAGAGGGAGCAUUUCCGCACUGCACCGGAUAUUAUGAGGGAGGAGAUCCAAUCGAGGAUUAAGAACAUGCUGGAGCAGGCUGAUCUAUCGGACGAGCCUCUAGGUCAAGCGAAAAAAUUUUAUAGGGCCUGCAUGAACGAAUCAGCCCUCGAGACGGACGGAUUGAAGUGGAUGAAACAAAUUUUCAGAAGGAUGGGCGGAUGGCCGAUACUCGAGGGCGACAACUGGAACGAGCAGGAGUUUGAUUGGCAGCAGGCCGUGCACAAGCUCAGACGGAUGGGCGUCAAUUUCGAAUUUUUCAUUGAUGUGUCUGUGGAGCGGGAUAAAAAAGACCCGACCAAAUACGUUUUACAACUCAGUGAUCCCUAUAAAACUCAUAACCAGCCAAUAGACGCUGACAUCCAACGUACCUACCUACGGUACAUGGAGGAAGUAGCAGUCUACUUCGGUUCCAGCCUUGUUAAUGCUAGGAUUGAACAGAAAGAUGUCUUGGAAUUCACGAAGAAACUAGCAGAGAUUUCCAACAACGGCAUGAGAAACAAUAUGACCAACCUGUAUAAUCUGUAUGUGCUGUCAGAACUGAUAUACGACUUCAGGAGUAUCAACUGGUACGAAUACAUAAAUGGUAUCUUAUCACCGGGUGCCAAGUUUGGCUACGAUGACCAGAUUCUGGUGCCAGAUCCUUUCUAUCUGAGGGAGUUGGAGCAUUUGAUGCUGAAUACAAGUAAACGAGUUCUGGCAAAUUUUGUGGCUUGGCAUACGCUACAGUACUUCAUCAAAUUCAUGCCGAGUGAUUUGGUGAAUAAAGCCCAUGAAUAUAUGGAAUCUCUGACUGCUGUUUCAAGAAGGCCAAGGUGGCAGAUGUGCGUUGAAUCUGUGAAAGAAAAAAUGGGUCCUGUCAUAUCGUCGGCUUAUAUCGAACAAUACUUCGACGAAGAAACGAGACGGGAUGUUACCGAUAUGGUCCAUAACAUAAAGGACCAAUAUAAAGAGAUCCUGAGCGGUCUCGACUGGAUUGACGAUGUGUCCAGGAAGGUUAUUUUGGAGAAACUACUGGAUAGCGCCGUCGACAUCGUUUCUUACGAGGAUCUCAGUUCAUUGAAUCAGCUUUGUACGUCCUUCGGUGAAGUGAAAAUCUACGAGGACAAUCUCCUUUUGUCAGUGAUGAACCUGGACCAAUUCGGAUUGGAUGCCGAAUUCCGCAAGCUUAGUCGGCGGGUUCGCACGAACUGGCUGGAGGAUCCAGACUUCGUCACAGGACUCAAUAUCGCACUUUCACCCUUCGAUAACAUUCUUGUGGUCCCAGUCGGCAUCCUCAACAGCAUCUACUACGAGAAGGACCGGCCAAAAUACUUGAAUUACGGCGCACUUGGCUCUGUCAUCGGCAAUAAAGUAUGGCAAAUAUUCGCAGCGACGAAACACAAAGAAAUGGGGGGAGAGGCCAAGAGCUGGUGGACCCCUGUCACCCUUCUGAAUUACGAAGACAGGCUUAAAUGUUUGGGCAGACUGUUCGGGAGGACGACCACCCCAGACGACCAUAAACACAACGCUACCCAAGCCUCCGAAGAAGACCUCAUGCAUUUAGCCGGUGUUAAAGCGUCAUAUGAAGCUUACAAACAUUGGUUGGAGAGGAAUGGUAGGGAACCAAAUCUGCCAGGGGUAGAACUGCCUCCAGAACAGCUAUUUUGGGUGUAUUUCGCAAGGCCGUUCUGUGCCAAGUACACCAACUAUCUAGAUUCUGUAGAGAAAGUGAGAGUCAAUGGAAUCGUCAGCAAUAUCGAGGAAUUCGUGGAGGAUUUCAGUUGUGGCUCUGGGGACAACAUGAAUUUCGAGAAGAAAUGUGAUAUAUUUUGAGAUAAUCUGUGAUUAAAGAUGGAUGUUGUAAAUUAAAUUAUUCAUAUUGUACAAAUUGAUGAAUGAUAUCAGCCUCAAAAUCAG